AUUUAAGUGAGCGCAGACGGGGCACCGGCCUCUUUUCUUUUUGAAGCACAACAUGGUGCUCGGAUAUAGUCCACUAAUCCUGGGGCUGCUGGCCUUAGCCGGCGGUCUGGGCUCGGUGCUGGGAUUAGGUGAAGACUUGGACCGUCCUUUGUUCGGGCCUCCCGGUUCUCCUAUUCAGCUGCAGGAGACAGACUCAGGCCUGAAGAAGGCUCUGCAGUUCGCUGAGGAGCGCUACAACCGGGGCUCCAACGCUCUGCACCUCCGCAAAGUCAGCCGGGUCGUCUCUGCAACCAAACAGUUGGUUAAAGGGAUCCGCUACACUAUAACAGUGGAACUGAGUAAUACCCAGUGUAAGAAAACGUCCAUGCUCAGGACAUGUGACUUCUAUCCCGAGACACACAAACUCAAGACGGAGGUGUGUUUGUUUGAAGUGUGGGACAUUCCCUGGCAGGGAACUACAACUCUACUGAAACAGAAGUGCCAACCUAAAGUCGAACCUGAAGUCAAAGAGACCAACCAGGUUGAAGACUUAUCUACCAGCCAGCCUCUGGAGGAGUCUGUGGAGCUGCUGGGUCAGUUUAAAGAGUUCAUGGUGAGAUAUAACAAGGUCUACAGCAGCCAGGAGGAGGCAGACCGUCGUUUGCGCAUCUUCCAUGAGAACCUGAAGACUGCAGAGAAGAUCCAGUCUUUGGAUCAGGGCUCAGCUGAGUACGGUGUCACCAAGUUCAGUGACCUAACUGAGGAAGAGUUUCGCUCUACGUACCUGAACCAACUACUGAGCCAAUGGACUCUUCACCAACCAAUGAAACCUGCCUCUCCUGCCCGAGGCCCCGCCCCUGCCAGCUGGGAUUGGCGAGAACAUGGAGCUGUCAGUCCUGUUAAGAACCAGGGUAUGUGUGGCUCUUGCUGGGCGUUUUCUGUCACAGGCAACAUUGAAGGCCAGUGGUUUCUGAAAAAUGGAACACUGCUGUCAUUGUCUGAACAAGAGCUGGUCGACUGUGAUGGGCUGGAUCAGGCUUGCAGAGGCGGGCUGCCAUCAAAUGCUUAUGAAGCCAUUGAGAAGCUGGGUGGUCUGGAGUCAGAGGCCGACUACUCGUACACCGGGCUCAAGCAGAGGUGUGACUUUACCAGCAGGAAGGUGGCCGCCUACAUCAACAGCUCUGUGGAGCUAUCCAAAGAUGAGAGAGAAAUUGCAGCUUGGCUGGCUGAGAAUGGACCAAUCUCUGUUGCUCUGAAUGCCUUUGCCAUGCAGUUUUACAGGAAGGGUGUGUCUCAUCCCCUGAGGAUCUUCUGCAGCCCCUGGAUGAUCGACCAUGCUGUGCUGAUGGUGGGAUAUGGAGACCGUAAAGGGGUCCCAUUCUGGGCCAUCAAAAACAGCUGGGGGGAGGAUUACGGAGAGCAGGGUUACUACUACCUAUACAGGGGGUCCAAUGCGUGUGGGAUCAACAAGAUGUGCUCAUCUGCUGUAGUCAACUAAACCACCAACACCACAUAUUUGCACACACACACACACACACACACCAACACCAGCUGACCCCACUUACUCUACUUACAUACACAUUUGAUCCAGAGUGCAUGAAGAUCAUUGUCAGACACAUAAAAAACAGCCGCCCUGUUGUUACUUUUCCGUUAAACCAGACUAGUGUUUCACUUUCCAUACCUCACAUCACAUCUCUGACAAUCCACCAAAAACAUGCCAGCUCUAAUAAAGCUAGUUUUACUGAACUACUGAAAUUUGAUGAUAAGUAGAUUUUAUAUUUGCAAUUCAUUUCAUUAGUCCUGCAGGUCAUGAUGAUUGCCUAUUAGAUAGCAUUGGUUUUAAGUUUACUCAUCUUUCCUCACUGAGCCCAUAUCUGAUUAAAAUUAAUAUACUUAUCAUAGUUAAACUGCUGUCUUGUCAGUUUUCUCUGUUUUGUAACCAGUGUUUGUGUUAAUGUUAUGCAGUACUACUUGAGAUGGGGUUUUUGACAGAUUAGGAUUUUACCUUAUUGGUUUGCACAUUACUACAUAACUGCAACACAAAUGCAGCGAGACCGUGAGGAAUAAAUGAAGGUUGAAUAAAAAAGUGCGUAAUCCUA